AUGUCCCUGGCUAUAACUGAUUUACUGGUUGCGGUGCUUGUUAUGCCGCUUGGAAUAUUGACCCUUGUUAGAGGUUACUUUCCUUUGCCAGCAGUAUACUGUCUAACUUGGAUAUGUCUGGAUGUCCUUCUCUGCACGGCGUCCAUAAUGCAUCUCUGCACAAUCAGUGUCGAUAGAUAUUUGUCCUUGCGAUAUCCCAUGCGAUUUGGAAGAAACAAGACUAGGAAGAGAGUAACUGUCAAGAUAGUAUUCGUAUGGAUUUUGUCAACAGCCAUGAGCCUCCCCUUAAGCCUCAUGUAUUCAAAGAACGAGGAGUCGGUAUUAAUAGGGGGCUCUUGUCAAAUACCGGAUCCAUUGUACAAGGCGAUCGGAUCGGUGAUCUCGUUUUACAUACCACUGGGCGUGAUGCUGCUGACGUAUGCGCUGACUGUGCAGUUGCUGGCCCAGCAGAGGAAGGGUCUAGGCCCUGGCUGGGCGACUGGCUGGCUCGGUGCGCCUCCAAUCGAUCGUCGAUGUACUUGGAGGAGAUUUCUUGCACCGAGGGGUGGUACUCCUCAGCAUUCUGCGGCUUCUACAGAAACCGAAUUGCCCCCUAUAGACACAAGGGACCUUUGGCUUCAAGAUACAAGCGAGCCCGCUCCGUCGGCAAUGAGCGCACUGCAUCACUUUGGGGCAGAAAUGUUGCGCCUAUCGCGCGGAUUGGAAGCAUCUGCUGCGACUAAAGCUUCAUUCAGAGGGACGAAUGCGACGGAUCGCGGCGGAAUGUUGACGCCUGGAUCUCUAAGCGUCUCCUCGAGCUCUCCGUCCUCGAUGCUCCUUGACAAGCGGCGUCUUUCAGCGAGCGCUGAUCCAAACGUACCCUUAAAUAGACCUAGGAGUGCGUCAGACGAUGAAGGGAACGAUGGGCUUUUGGCACCCGCGACAUUAACGGCGAAAUCCAGAAGCUCUGAGGACGGCCUACUGCUACCACCACCGUGUACAUGUCCAUAUUUCGGUAGCGAAUCCACGCCGCCCAGACGCACGACUGACGUGAUAAUAGUGUCUGGCUCUGAUAUAAAUGGUUGCAACGGGUUCCCACGCAACGGGAAAGGCGACGAGCCGUGCACACCGGUUUUCAGGCGUUCAAGUCGUGGUGCCUCUUCUAUGGUCACUUGGGAAGAGGCAAGAAGGUUCAGACGUGGCUCCAGUUUCGGCGGUGCUAGGACGACCCUGUCAACGCCAAUUAGGAACGUGCGCGCACAGAGACAGAGCACUCGCAACCAACAAACGGCGAACCCCAGCCCGCAAAGACAGACACCCAGAACGCACCACUCAAGGAACUCCAGCGUCAUAUCCAGAAACUCAUCCAGGCACGGAAGGAUCUUGCGCUUAGAGCAGAAGGCCACGAAGGUACUGGGCGUGGUAUUCUUCACUUUCGUCGUGCUGUGGGCGCCGUUUUUUAUACUCAACAUGGUGCCGGCGAUAUGCUCGGAUUGCGAGAAGAGGAUAUCCAGUUGGGUGUUUGACUUUGUCCUGUGGUUAGGCUAUGCCAGUUCUAUGGUGAAUCCGAUUUUCUACACGAUAUUUAAUAAAGUGUUCCGACAGGCCUUCAAGAAGGUGCUGCUCUGUCAGUAUUGUAAGUCAAAGAGG